UUUCACACACAAACAUAUUCGUGAUUCGAUUAUGAGGAAGACUGAGCGCCUACAAUGAGUUUUUAGGUUUGCAGACAAGACCAGAGCAGCUAUAAGGACGUUCAGAGGGAAAGGCCAUGGAAGAGUGUCUGGAGGAGGAAAUGAAUGAAGUGAGGAGAAUAUUUCAGGAUGAUAAUGAGAGUCUGCUGUUAGAUCUUGAGGAAGCGUGGGAUAAAAUAAAGAAAGAGCAAGAGAGUUUUGAGUUGCAGCUGAGAGAGAACAAGGCCGGAGACGAUCACAUCAGAGAAGAGAUGGAGGUUCUGGUGAAGGAAAGAGAUGAAAUAUUGCAGAAGAUUCUGGAGAAGGACAACAUGCUGAAGGAGAUGAAAGAAGAGAUGGAGAACCUGAACAAAACAGACAAACUUAAGAAGGAAACAGGAAAGAAGAAACUUAAAAAGCUGAAGCUCUUUCCCCCACAGUGGUUCCAGAAGAAGGAUACUAUCGAAGAGAGACAGAAGAUGGAGAAACAGAGCGAGAGUGAGAGACUCAAACUCCAGAAGACAGACAGACAGGGAGGCCAGUGAAGCUCAAAUAAACAAAGAUCUUGAGGCUACAGUGAAGUCAAUGGUGUAAUUUCCAACUAUUUUAUAACACAUUCUGUACAGUAUUGAUGAUUGAUCAGAAGGAAUGCAGAGUAAAGAUUUCAUUGUAGUGUGGUUUUACUGUGCAUAUAACAAUAAACUCUUGUAUCUUCAAAGGUGAGGCUGGCACUCUGGAUUAAGAAAUAGCAGGAGAACAUGGAGAAGAACUAGGUUUUCUGAGCAAAACAUUUAUUAAAAUGACAUGUGAUGACAAACUGGCACCUCUGUGGUGUUUAAAUGGAGUGCGUGAGGACAAUUAAUCUGAGCAUGCAGAGCAGCAAGGGCACUCAUUAAGAGAGAAAGAAUGCAGAGAAACUGCUGCAUAUGAGAGACUUCAGUUCAAAGUUCACUAUGUUAACAUGUCGUUGGUAGUUUGGUAGUGAUGCAGUAAAUCUACACUUGCUGGAGAAGCGUCAAUAAACUCAAACUCUUGAGCAGCACAAACACAGUCCUGUAGUCUGCCAUUGUAGUUUUGAAUGCCUCGCGCAUUGUUUUGAAGUACUCGUGUGCAUGCCUAUAGAUUGAAUACAUAACACGCGUGUGUAUGACGUCUUCAUUUUCACAAAUUCUCAUUUUUGUAUGUUUACACAGAGAUUAUAAACAGCAUCGUUUUCAAAAAACUAGCACUUUGAAACCCGUUUUCAAAAGUUUGCGUUUUCAGGCCCCAAAACACCGUCAUAGUGUAAAUGAACAGCCAAAUCGCAUAAAAAGUUUUCUGUUUUUAUUUGAAACCAUUGUCGGGUAAACGGCCCCUCAGACUACAUGGAGAACUGUAACUCACACCUCUCCUUGAAAGUCUGUCUGCUCUGUUUAUAUGAUAUUAAACCUGGGUUCAAGAUGAAGCAGCAUAUCCCAGUCCUGUGAUGGGUACAAUAACACAGAACCUGUCGUUUCUCUUUGUUCCUCUGUGAACUCAGGUACAGACUGAUGAAGCCCCUUACCAUUUACGCAUUCAUUUGUCUCCCCGAAUAUCAGUUGCAUGCAUUACGGGUUUACAUACCUAGCUUUCUUAUGCUUCCUGUUUUACGCAAAUAUGUCCUUCUGCCUAGCCAAUCAAUAGUUAACCCAUUUUCUCUGUUGUGUGUCAAGUAUGAUAUAUAUUCUACCUUUCUUUUAAUAAAUGAGAUAUCUUGCCAUUUGAA